UAGGGAGGCGUUUCUAGAAUUCAGAGUCGACUGUUGUUGAUGGUGGAAGUCUUGUAGGUCGUGCUGCUUUCAUGAUGUUUCUUCCCAACAUGCAGGGCGAUAUGCACUUCAAACCGACUCGCGACAGAUUCUACACGACAAGAUGUUGUGGGUGCUGCCAUGUUCGGACAGGAACUAUCAUCCUGGGGACAUGGUACAUGGUGGUGAAUCUGCUGAUGGGAAUUCUGCUGACAGUGGCUGUUACCCACCCUGAGAACGUGCCCGCCGUUAACCUGCAGUACGAGGCCAUCGAGCACUACCUGGCCUCCGACAGGAUGUCAGAAAAUGCCUGCGUGGGAUUCGCCAUCUCUCUCCUGAUGGUUACCAUCAGCGCCAUGAUGGUCUACGGAGCCAUCACUCAUCGUGAUGGGUGGCUCAUUCCAUUCCUCUGCUACCAGAUGUUUGAUUUCAUCCUCAGCUGUCUCGUGGCCGUCAGCUCUCUGACCUACCUGCCGCGCAUCAAAGAUUACCUGGAUCAGCUGCCGGACUUCCCCUACAAGGACAACCUGCUGUCUCUGGACUCCAGCUGCCUGCUGCUCUUUGUCCUUGUCUUCUUCGCCUUACUCAUCAUCCUCAAGGCCUACCUGAUCAACUGUGUGUGGAACUGCUACAAGUAUAUCAACAACAGGAACAUGCCUGAGAUUGCGGUCUACCCUGCCUUUGAAGCCCCCCCUCAGUACGUGCUGCCCACCUACGAGAUGGCCAUGAAGAUGCCUGAGAAGGAGCCGCCCCCACCUUACAUGCCCGCCUGAACAUCCCCCUGACCCUUCCCAACAGCCCCUAACCCCCCCGUCCCACACACACACACACACAAACACACACACUUUUACCCCUCACCCCUCUCCACCCUUUUAUCCUGUCCUCCUCCCCCCACCUAUUCUACCCCACCCACCCCACUCCAACUCCCCCCCCCCCCCCCUUCCCUUGCGUGUUGAGUAGUGAUCCGGUCGGUCGUGGCAGCCAGAUGAGAUGGUAAAGGCAGGGUUGCACAGGGUUGCCUGCUGAGGUGGACUUGAGCUUGUGUACAUAACAAAAAAGAAGUUAAAAUAAGUUUUUCUGUCACUUUUUGUCUCCCCUCAUUCUUUUCCAUCAUACACUGUCUUUCUGUUUUUUUUUAAUUUUUUUUAUUUGCCUGAAUCCUUUGUUUGAGUCCUUUGUUUAAGUUCUUGGAUGUGUUUUGUGAAAGGGGAUAUUGUGUAAAGUAACUGCUUACGAAGCCUAUUCCAACCAUAAGUCAAGCACCGUCCUGUCUUUUUUUUUUUUUUAGGUUGAAUAUUUAUGAGGCACUUUUAAUACAGAGAAGACCUCUUGAGACAAUCCGUACGGAUUCUUAAUGAUUGAUAUUACUCUUUACUGUUGCCUGUUUUCCUUUUUUUCCAUUUUAACUAUGUGUUAUAUGUUUAUGACUUAAAGUUUUGUCUUAACCAUGUUUGAAGUGUUUGGUGAAAGAGGGUUGUAGCACUUUUAAAAAAACAAAAAACAAAGUAUAUAUUUCUUAUUUUGAAUAACCCUUUCUCUUUGACGUGGCCAGAUCCUGUUUGACCAUGCUAAGUUUUCCACAUUGUGGCUGAAGUCGUUAUUGUGAUCCACCCUUGUGUUUAUCCAGUAGCUUUUGAGGUGUGCUUUUGGCCAGUGGUCCUGGGGUGGCUUGCUUUCUCGCUCCUCACGAAGGGACAGCGCCCCCUGGAGAUGUGGAGAAGUAUGGCUACUGUUGUGAUCAUCUGUGAAUGCAUGCUACUCUUUAUUUUACCAGCCUUUAGUUUCACAUGCAGUCUGAACCAUUGUGGAUAUUGUAAAAACACACAUACACACACAUUCACAGAAUGGCUUCAAUAAAAAUUUCAAAAACAUUUGUAUCCAUCA